AAAACCAACGGCAUUCCAUGGAGGGGGGACUCAGGGCUGACGGACGGCAACAACACCGAUUUCAAAUGGGAUUUGGUCGGCGGCUACUACGACGCCGGAGACAACACAAAGUUCCAUUUCCCCAUGUCAUUCGCCAUGACCAUGCUCAGCUGGAGCGUCAUCGAAUACGAGCACAAGUACCGGAGCAUCGGCGAGUACGACCACAUCCGAGAUCUCAUCAAAUGGGGCACCGAUUACCUCCUCCUCACCUUCAAUUCCUCCGCCACCAAAAUCGACAAAAUCUACAGUCAGGUCGGGGGGUCUCAGAACGGCAGCACAAUCCCAGAUGACCAUAAUUGCUGGAUGCGGCCGGAGGACAUGGAUUAUAAUCGACCUGUCCAGACCACAACUGCCGGGCCUGAUCUCGCGGGCGAGAUGGCGGCGGCGCUAGCGGCUGCCUCAAUCGUGUUUCGCGACAACGAUGCGUACUCUAAAAAGCUAGUCAAGGGAGCUGAAACGGUGUUUGCUUUUGCCCGGGAUCCCAGUCGCCGGAGAAGAUACUCUGAGGGGAACCUUUUCAUCGAACCCUAUUACAACUCCACCGGCUACUUCGACGAGUACAUGUGGGGUUCGGCGUGGCUGUAUUACGCCACCGGAAACAAUUCCUACAUUUCCCUUGCCACGAACCCAGGACUUCCGAAGAAUUCCAAGGCAUUUUAUAUGCUUCUUGGGCAGAGUGUGCUCAGCUGGGAUAACAAGUUACCGGCGGCGAUGCUGCUGUUGACGAGGUACCGGAUUUUCUUGAAUCCCGGCUACCCUUAUGAGGAUAUGCUGAAAAUGUACCACAAUGUUACCAUUUUGAACAUGUGUUCGUACCUUGAACAAUUCAAAGUCUUCAAUUGGACUUCGGGAGGGAUGAUCGAACUUCAGUAUUGGAAGCCACAGCAGCCGCUUCAGUAUGUAGCCAACACCGCCUUCUUGGCCUCACUUUUUGCAGAUUACUUGAAUGCCACCGGCGUUCCGGGGAUGAACUGCGGUCCAUAUUUUAUCCCGUCCGAUGUUCUCCGCAGCUUUGCAACUUCUCAGAUGGACUACAUUCUGGGAAACAACCCCAUGAAGAUGAGCUAUGUGGUGGGGUACGGUAGCAAGUUCCCUAGACAUGUGCAUCACCGCGGCGCGUCUAUACCCCACAACGGCAAAAAGUACUCUUGUACCGGGGGAUUCCAGUGGCGUAAUACUCCGAAUCCGAAUCCCAACAACAUCACUGGAGCCAUGGUGGGAGGUCCUGAUAGGCUCGACCAGUUCAAAGAUGUAAGGACGAAUCAUAACUAUACUGAGCCGACGAUGGCCGGAAAUGCUGGAUUGGUGGCUGCACUUGCAUCCCUCACAACAACUGGUGGCACUGGCAUUGACAAGAAUACCAUCUUUUCAGCAGUUCCACCACUAUACCCUCCCAGCCCGCCACCCCCUGCGCCUUGGAAGCCUUGAACUGCAUUGUUUUCAAAAUAGUUAGGUCUAUGUUACAUUGCGUCCAUUGUCCUCGAAAUUUUGUUCGUUUGUUCUUUUGUUCAUCUCCUGUUUUUAGGAAUGUAGUAAGAAGACACAUCAUUCUUGUAUAAAAAUUGGCACUCUGC